CAUCGUCAUUAUCGUUGUUUGUUUAUGUUUUCAAUGUAGAGCAGCGCUGACCAGACAUCGUAACUUUACACCACAGUUUUACGUGAAAUAACUUAGAAAGCUCUCUGGCCAACAUAUCUCAUCAAUAUGUUGUCCGCUAUGAUUAAAGAUCACCAAGCCCGACAAGCAGCGAAAAAGGAAGAACAAGAAAAACGAAGAAAGGAAGCCAUCCUCUCGGCUAAUGAGCUGACCCAGAAUCUUGUAGACCAUUUGAAUGUUGGUGUCGCUCAGGCAUACCUAAACCAAAAACGAUUGGAUGCGGAAGCGAAGCAACUUCACGUGGGCGCUACAAACUUUGCCAAACAGACGCAACAGUGGUUGACGCUGAUCGAGAACUUUAACGGUUCCCUAAAGGAAAUCGGUGAUGUGGAGAAUUGGGCGAAAACUAUUGAAAAUGAUAUGAACGUGAUAACAACUGCACUUGAGAUUGCAUAUAAAACAAGUCGAGAUAAAUAAAUGUUUGAGUUUACUGUAAACAUGAAAUUUGCUUUGUUAAGCU